GAGAAGUCUUCCCGUACAAGCAGGACAAAGCAACAGAGGACAGACUCACUCCAGAGACACGAUCGUCUCACUGGGGCGCUACUGCUCGGACGAUGCCGCGCGCAGAAAUGUCACGCGCGAUGGAGAAUGGCUUCUGCAGGGUGCAAGCGAGAAGCAUCGUGCGACUGCGAUGAGCAGCGACAGGCAGUCGAUGCACGAUAACUGCAAUUCGGGCCCGGUCCUUGCAAAACGGCGACAGCGAAAGGGCAGCGAGGGCGCUUGUUUGUGCUUCGCAGACGUGGCAGAGCAAAGUACAUGCAGCCUGCCCUCACGCUGAGCUCUCAUUCCUCCAAGAAGCGAGCCAUGCUCCACCUGCGCGCCCUCGCACCUCACCUCUCGCGCUCACGUCGCAACGCAUCCAGCUCUGCUCUCCAUCUUCCAUCUGUUGCACGCAAGACAGGACAGGCCCUGCCUCUGUUCUUAUACACACGACGAGCUACGGACUGAGGACCCCACGAUCGCCGCGCUAGCCUGACCGGUUUGCGGGCCUCACCGGUGAAGCAGAGGCUGCGCCACGGCAAGGAUUCCGGCGACGCUCACUAAACCUCAGGCCGACCAGAGCACUGCGAAUUCGCGCGAAAGCGACUGAGAGGCCGGGCUGAAGGCUGGGAGUCAACACGAAGAACUGGAAGGAACCGCAGCCCCCAGACCCGCUCUCACACCGGAGGAGCUGAGCGCUGCGCUGCGAUAUCACAGCCAUGGAGGACCCUCCGCUCGCUCAGCUCUUCGGCUCCCACUUCUUCGACUACGGCCUGCCUGGAGCACUGGCAGACCACCCGUUUCCCGUGCUGGUUGACGAGAACGGCUGGCCAGUAAACAUGACCCAGCUUGACUGCUUCGACGAUGCGUUCUGGCCUCAUCACGAAAUGAUUCUGGACACGACGAACCACACCGACGUGGCAAAGUCUCCCGCCCAGCAGAGUCAUCGCACUGGAACUGAAGGCAGCGACUCUCUGUCUCCCGACGAUGCCUCGGGCCACAUCCUCACUCCGUCAUCGACCAACUACAGCCCCUACAUGACCAAUCUGGACGACCCAGAGUCUGAUGUCGCGUCGGGAUCACCAGAGAGCGAGCGUAGCGUAGCAGGCGACUUUGUUCACGUUCUCAGCCCAAACGGACCCCAGACUGAGAGCAUGAGGCAAAAUUACGCCCCGCGCUCCUCACCAAGGCCCGGGCCCGUGCCGUCAGCGCAAACCUCAUCGCUCUUGCGCCAUGCCGCAAUCCCAUCACAGUCUCAUCGAAGCCCUGGAAUGCCAUCGCGACAUUGGCAGUCGUUCGGCCCGUCCACCAACACCGGCGUGGACGGGCUGAACACGACCGCAUACGCUUCCUUCCCUGGCGCGCAGGACUUUCAGCUCUACGACGACUCCGCAAUCCUUGCGAACGUAGGCGAUUCCUUCGACCCAUCGUUCGCGUCCGCACCACAGCAGCAACAAGACGAAUACGGCAGUCUAUCGUUCCGAAGCCAUGACGGCGCAUUGCAAAACUUUCAAGCUCAGAUACCUUCGCAUGAUCAAUCACUGGCCGACAUGCAAUACGUGAGAAAUGCUGUUGCAUACCCUCAACAGGGGCAGCCACUGUACCCUGCGACUAGCACGGCCGCCUUGCAAUUCGACACAUCUUCCCAAUAUCUUCGUAGCAUAGAGAACACAGAGCAUGUCACUCACGACAGCCUGACAACACCCCAAGCGCUACCAGUUAUGCCGAAAACCAUCACCCACCCGCCUCAAAAAACGACCCAUGUUGCGCCUCAUACGAAUCCGACUUCACGAGGGCAAACGUCCGGGCGAUCUCAUGCCCAGCCACGUUCCCGUGUGCAGGUUCGGCCAGCUCCUGCAAGCAGCGGUGGCAACAGCCCGAAUAGUAGCGCGACUUCAUCUCAGUAUGAGAGUUUUGACCUCAGCGGUUCCUACCCCUACAUCGCCGCAGCGGCGUCAUCGCUUGCACAGCCUGCUGCAACCCGUGUCUCACACGCCGAUAAAGUCUCGAAGAGCGCUGGGCCGAGAGGCGGGCGCAAGAAGAAUUCACAUCUUCCCGAUGUAUCACGACAACGAAGUCAUGCCAUGCGUAAAGUUGGAGCCUGCUGGCGCUGCGUCAUGCAAAGAGACCCUUGCGAUGCGCCCGAGGGUGGGUGCUGCUCAAGAUGUGUCAUGCGAGCAGCAAGAGGGCAAACGUACUACUUCGGAUGCGAUCGAUCAAAACUGCCAGAAUUCGUUCACGAAUUCCUGCCUGCCUCGCUUCUGCAUGACCAUCAGAAGCAAAGCAUCGAGACAUUCGUCAGCUCCGAAGUCGUUCACUGGCAUGUUGACAACUGUAUCGAUGUCUAUUUGUCUAGUGGCUAUGGCCCACCGCUGCCAUGGAAGCUGUAUGAGUUCACUCCGAGGAACCUCGAAUUUCUGUAUCAACUGCAAGCCACCCAGGAUCCACAGUCGAUGCGCACAAUCACAAAGAAGAAAUACUCGCCGCCGUACGGAUUACUGAAGAUUGACAGCGUUGAUGACAGAAACUACGAAGCGUACUUGGAGGACCUACUGCAGCCGCAGUGGUUGAAAGAGCUUGGCGAAAGCGCGUAUGCAGAGGAGAACCUUGUCGAUGAGGGCAUGUUCCAGUGCAAAGUCCUCGACCUCAUGUGUCAGCUGUACAUUGGUACCAGUGAUAGGACGCUCAAGCCGCUGCUUGGUGAUGUGCUUCGCAUGAUCAUUAUAACGUAUAUCAUGGGCCAUACAUUGACCAUCACCGAGGAGACGCUGUAUCCUGUCAUCAACAACAUUCGGCACACACCCAGGCCACCGGCAAACCAGAAACACACCUCGCCACGCUUAGCCAACCGGCAGUUGAAGUUCUUCUUCCACCUUGUGCGCAACAGUAUCUACGAGAAGGUUUUGAAAUGGCAGCAGCAUACCCUACACACCGCCGGCAAGAAGCAAGAGACCUGGCUCCACGCUUUCUGCGUCACACUGGGCUUCGCGAUGGUGUUGGAAGAAGUGCAGCGCACCAUGAUGUGCCAUGCCGAAGCUAAAAUUUAUCGAGGGGAAGCCACACCUGAAGAUGCGUUCAACGAGGCACAGCAACAUUGUGAAAAUAUCGACAAACGCUUCAAGCUGCUCAUUGGUCUGUUCCAAUGCAAAUAUCGGGACCGGAAAUGGACCGAUACUGGCAGCUUUGGCAAUGGGACCCCAGAGUUCAAUGACCCCGUCUCCAACACCUUCCUCUUGCACUUGAGGCACCUCGUGGAGCAGAGAGAAUCACAUCUGCGAAGUCGAGAAGAUGUGCAAUUCUCGUUAGAGAAUCAAUGCUUGUAUACCACAAGACUCACUGCGCGCUUCCUGCUGCCGUUCUUGAAUCUGCCUCCCGCGUGAGGCGGAACACCUUGAACCGAGGAAAACAUGGAUCACCUAGUCUACCUAAGUGCACUGACAACGCACAGGCUGCGCUUGUUCACUUCACACGACCCCGCAGACCACGGCGUCUAUUCAAUGACUUGUCUUUCGAAGAUACCCAGGGGAAAAAUUGAUUAGGCUCGGAUAUACGGACCUGGCAAAAAAGCAAAAUAUUUCCGGCCACAGCCCUCAUUCUUUAUGGGAGGGCAUGAUUCUAGAGGCGGCGAAUCUGAUGACGAUACGACUUGUAUGAUAAUUGCCCACGUGUGAUAUGUCCUUUUGCACGGGCGGGCACGUUGCCCUGAUCACGGCCUUCUUGAUAUACACCACAACUUGAGAUUACCAAAAUAUUACUAGCAUGAUCAACAUCACAUAUACUCACGUCUCACCUUCAUGUCGACUCCUUCUUCCUCGCAUACACAAAAAUCUGCGUC